AUGGGGCCGGAAUUCUGGUGGAUCAAAUAUAGAAAGAAAAAUUUACAACCUAGAUACCGUCUGACCACCGAGAUGCUGAUCAGGAAGAGUCUUCGGGAGACUUUCAAGGAGUACAUCAGCUGUUCUUCUUUACCUGGCGUUAGGCAGCUUGUUUCUCCCGAGGAACCUAUUUUGGCAAGACUAUGCAUGUUUGUCAUGCUAUGCCUCCUCUUUUCCACCGUGCAGUACUAUUUGUAUCUCACCUGGACGUCGACCCUGUCCAACCCACUGGUGGUGUCCGGAGAGUCCUUCACCUAUCCCAUCAAGGACAUUGACUUCCCAGCAGUGGCCCUGUGCAAUAUCAACCGCAUCAGCAAAAAGGCAUUGAAGAAAAUGGCUUUGGAAAUGUAUCCGAAAUUGAAUAAACUGCACAAUUUAACCGUUAGUAAACUGGAGCAUUUCCUGCGCCAUAUGGGACAACUGAUUAAUUUUGAGAAGAGGCCAUCUAACUUUUCUGAAAGCAAAUUAAUUGAAGAAUACUCUAAGGUAUUCGGAUCUGAAACUGUGAAUAUUAUGAAUACGUUAGCGCCAUCGUGUGAUGAAAUGCUGCUCAGAUGUAUAUGGGGAGGCAAGCUGGUGAACUGCAGCAGUAUCUUCACAGUGCGGAGAACUGUGCUGGGGCAUUGCUGUGCAUUCAAUUAUGUGUUAGACUAUGGUGCUGCGGAUAACCCAAAAGGCACAAUAGGCGAAGUGAAGAGACAGAUAGUGCCAGGUUUGAUGAACGGCCUGCGAGUGAUCAUCGAUACCAUGCUGGAUGACUACGCAUACCCGCUGCACCAGUUUAGACAGGGAUUUGACAUUCUUGUAUUUAAUUCGUAUCAUUUUGCUGAUAUGACUGGUGGAAGAGUACUGCAGCGCACAGUUCAACCUAGUCAAGCGGAAUACUAUCUUUUAUCUUCAAUCAAACAAGUGGCCUCAUCGGAAGUUCGCAAAUACCCUAUAAAAACGAGACAGUGUCUAUUCCAAAAAGAUUUACCGAAGAUGUACAAGAACAUUUAUUCGUAUAGUAGUUGCAUAACCAAAUGUCGGAUUGAAACAGUGCAAACAUUGUGCAAAUGUACCCCGUACUUUCUGCCAAGUACUUCUCGAUUACCAAUAUGUACGCUGAAGGAAUUAAAUUGUUUGCACAAAUAUAAAGAUAAACUACAGUAUUUGUAUCCAAGAGAUGCUGAAGGCAAUGAAGCGCUGAAAGAAGAAUUAACAGUCUCGAUGUACUGUCCAAACUGCUGGCCAGACUGUGAAUUAACUGAUCAUUCUAUCAGAUCGUACAAAAUUGAUUCCUUUAGAACAGGUCGGCCGGGAUUCAGAAAUAGUUUCCUUUCCGGCCUGGAUCUAAGGAACAAAAGCGUAAUAAGUGUAUUCCAAGCUACUGGAGAAGGUGUUCUACAUCGUCUUGAUGUGGUUUCCUACUGGUACGAGAUACUAAGUAAUAUCGGCAGUUUCGCGGGCGUGUGUAUGGGCAUUGGUAUCUUUACAUUCGUUGAAAUUAUUUAUUUUAUGUUCAUUCGAUUUUUUCAAAUAAUGUACAGUAAUUAUGUAACAUACAAUAAAUAAAUAUAAUGUCGAUAAACCCGUAUUUUAGUCAAUUUAUGUCCAUCACUAGUAGAGCAUUUACGAAGUUAGCUAAUGAGAAAUAAAUAAAAAUGGUUGUUGAGGUAAACCAAAUAAUAACUUACACUAUUUAAGUUUAUUUAUG